GAAGUCCCAUUCUUUAAUUUUUUUUCAUUAACACAAUUUCUUUACAUUUUCUUUCUUGAAACCUGACUUUUGCUCCCUGUUUCAGACAUUAUCGAGUCCUUCGCCUGAGAAUUCUGUAAUAUAAAAAAGAAGGAUCCCCAUCUGGGUCUCCAUUCUCAGCUGGUGAUUCUUCAAUUUCCUUCAUUAUUAUUUUUUUUCUUUUCCAGUGAAGACAGGUGAAAAAACAAUGGAGAAUUCAAAGGGAGGAAAAGGGAAGAGAUUGUGGAAGAAGGUGAAGUAUCAACUGGUUGAAUACCAUUCAUUACCUGGCUAUUUGAGGGACAAUGAGUAUAUUGUUGGGCAUUAUAGAUCUGAAUGGCCAAUGAAACAGCUUUUGCAUAGCAUCUUUUCCAUCCACAAUGAGACUCUCAAUGUUUGGACGCAUUUGAUUGGGUUCUUCCUUUUCCUUGCCCUCACCAUAUACACUGCAAUGAAAGUUCCAAAGGUUGUUGAUCUUAACUCUUUGAGUCAUAUUCAUGAUAUAUUGAGAAAAGCUGAUCUCCACAAAUUACAUUCGGAGCUCGUAUCAUGCUUGCCGUCGUUACCCAACAUGUCCGAUCUACACAAAUUUCGAGAUGAGUUAAAGACGUCGAUCUUCGGUUGGCAUGUCCCUGAACAUCUAUAUAAUUGUUUACCUGAGAGUUUCUCCUUUAGGAAUCAAUCCAAUGUAUGUGUUUAUAGUAAUAGGAGCAUGAAGGAGGAUGUGACAAACAUAAUAGCACCAUUGAUGGUGAGACCGAUAACGCGGUGGCCAUUUUUCACCUUCUCGGGGGGUGCGAUGUUUUGCCUGCUAGCUAGCAGCGCAUGCCACCUCCUAUCGUGCCAUUCUGAGCGCAUAUCUUACAUCGUACGCCGGCUAGACUAUGCCGGCAUCGCUGCUCUUAUAUCCACUUCCUUUUAUCCACCGGUGUACUACUCUUUCAUAUGUGAUCCAUUCUUUUGUAGGCUCUACUUGGGAUUCAUAACCAUCUUAGGAGUUGCAGCCAUCUUGUUUUCGUUCUUAGCGGGGUUUCAUCGACCCGAAUUUCGAACCCUUCGUGCAUCCCUUUUCUUCGGCAUGGGGAUGUCCAGCAUAGCACCGAUCAUUCACAAACUCAUCUUGUUUUGGCACCAACCUGAGGCACUUCAUACUACCUUUUACGAAGUUUUGAUGGGGAUUUUAUAUGGUAUUGGGGCAUUUGUGUACGCGGCGAGGAUACCAGAACGGUGGUUGCCAGGGAAAUUCGACAUUGCGGGGCAUAGUCACCAACUUUUUCACAUCUUGGUUGUUGCUGGGGCAUACACACAUUAUCGUGCCGGAUUGGUUUAUCUCGAAUGGAGGGAUCAACAUGGAUGUUGA